CGCAGGGCCGGCGUGAGCGGCAGCAAUGGCGGCCAGCGCCAAGUCCUUUCUGGCCGACGCGGGCUAUGGCGAGCAGGAGCUCGACGCCAACUCCGCCCUCAUGGAGCUGGAUAAAGGCCUCAGGUCUGGCAAGCUCGGGGAGCAGUGCGAAGCCGUCGUUCGUUUUCCGAGGCUCUUCCAGAAAUACCCGUUCCCCAUUCUCAUCAACUCGGCAUUCCUAAAGCUAGCCGAUGUUUUCCGAGUGGGGAACAACUUCCUGAGGCUGUGUGUACUGAAAGUUACUCAGCAGAGUGAGAAGCACUUAGAGAAGAUCCUGAAUGUGGAUGAAUUUGUCAAGAGAGUUUUCUCAGUAAUCCAUAGCAAUGAUCCUGUUGCUCGGGCUAUUACACUCCGGAUGUUGGGCAGCAUGGCAUCUAUCAUUCCAGAAAGGAAGAAUGCACAUCACAGUAUUCGCCAGAGUUUGGAUUCCCAUGAUAAUGUGGAAGUUGAAGCUGCUAUAUUUGCUGCUGCCAACUUUUCUGCACAAUCUAAGGAUUUUGCUGUCGGAAUUUGUAAUAAAAUCAGUGAGAUGAUUCAAGGUUUGGCCACACCUGUGGACUUGAAGCUGAAGUUGAUCCCUAUUCUGCAGCACAUGCACCACGAUGCCAGCUUGGCCUCCAGCUCCCGGCAGCUACUGCAGCAGCUGGUGACAUCCUACCCCUCCACCAAGAUGGUCAUUGUCACCCUGCACACCUUUACUCUGCUUGCUGCUUCUUCUUUGGUUGACAUUCCCAAGCAGAUUCAACUUUUGUUGCAGUACUUGAAAAAUGACCCCAGGAAGGCUGUGAAGAGGCUUGCAAUCCAGGAUUUGAAGCUGUUGGCCAACAAGACACCACAUACAUGGAGCAGAGAAAAUAUUCAGGCACUCUGUGAAUCUGCUCUUAACACUCCUUAUGACAGCUUGAAAAUGGGCAUGUUAUCUGUUCUUUCCACGUUAUCAGGGACCAUUGCCAUUAAACAGUACUUCAGCAGUGCUCCAGGAGCAACAGCUACAACUGCAAGGUCAUUUGAUUUGGUAAAACUAGCACAGGAGUGCUGUUAUCAUAAUAACCGUGGCAUUGCAGCUCAUGGAGUGAGAAUUCUGACCAAUAUAUCAGCCUCUUGCCAGGAAAAAGAUCUUCUGCCUUUGGAGCAAGAUGCAGUUUUUGGCUUAGAAGCUCUUCUUGUUCUCUGUAGCCAAGAUGACAGCCCAGGAGCUCAGGCAACCUUAAAGAUCACGCUAACUUGCAUGGUGGAGCUGGUGAAGUGCCGCCCUCACCUGAGCCAGUCCGUGGUGGAAUCCCUGCUGACACAGCUGCACAGUGCCCAGGACAAUGCCAGGAUCCUCAUGUGCCACUGCCUAGCAGCCAUUGCCAUGCAGCUGCCUGUCUUGGCAGAUGGGAUGCUGGGAGACCUGAUGGACCUCUAUAAAUUAAUUGGACAAUCUGCCACAGAUAAAAAGCAGGAACUCUUGGUUUCUCUUGCCACAGUGAUAUUUGUUUCCAGUCAGAAAGCUUUGUCCACAGAAAUCAAAACGGUUAUCAAACAGCAGCUUGAGAAUGCCUCCAAUGGAUGGACAGCCUACAGGAUAGCCAGGCAAGCUUCCAGGAUGGGCAACCACGACAUGGCCAGAGAACUGUACCAAAGCCUGCUGACUCAAGUGGCUUCAGAGCACUUCUACUUCUGGCUGAACAGCCUGAAGGAGUUCUCCCAUGCAGAGCAGUGCCUGACAGGCCUGCAGGAGGACAACUACAGCUCCGCGCUCUCCUGCAUUGCCGAAGCCUUAAAAUCCUACCACAAAGGAAUAGCCUCACUGACGGCUGCCAGUACGCCACUUAAUCCUCUGAGCUUUCAGUGUGGUUUUGUGAAACUCAGGAUUGACCUUCUGCAAGCUUUUUCUCAACUUAUUUGUACCUGCAACAGCCUAAAAACAAGUCCCCCCCCAGCUAUUGCCACGACAAUUGCUAUGACAUCAGGAAAUGAUCUCCAGAGGUGUGGACGCAUCUCCAACCAGAUGAAGCACUCAAUGGAGGAAUUCCGAAACUUGGCUACACGGUAUGGAGAUCUGUAUCAGUCAUCAUUUGAUGCGGACUCAGCAACUCUAAGGAAUGUAGAACUACAACAGCAGAGCUGUCUGUUGAUUUCACAUGCAAUAGAAGCUCUGAUUUUGGAUCCAGAAUCUGCAAGUUUCCAGGAAUAUAGCUCAAACGGAACAGCUCAUGUUGAAAGUGAAUAUGAAAGAAGAAUGAUGUCUGUAUUUAAUCGUGUACUAGAGGAAGUGGAAUCUCUCAACAGGAAGUAUGCUCCUGUGUCUUACUUGCAUACAGCUUGUCUGUGCAAUGCUGUCAUUGCAUUGUUGAAGGUGCCCCUUUCAUUUCAAAGGUAUUUUUUCCAAAAGCUCCAGUCUACAAGUAUUAAGCUUGCUCUAUCCCCAUCUCCAAGGAACCCAGCAGAGCCUAUAGCAGUACAGAACAACCAGCAAUUGGCCCUCAAGGUGGAAGGAGUGGUUCAGCAUGGAUCUAAACCAGGCCUUUUCCGUAAAAUCCAGUCCGUCUGUCUGAAUGUCUCUUCGGUGCUGCAGAGCAAAUCUGGACAAGACUAUAAGAUUCCUAUUGACAACAUGACCAAUGAAAUGGAGCAGAAGGUGGAACCGCACAACGACUAUUUCAGCACUCAGUUCCUGUUAAACUUUGUGAUCCUUGGCACCCACAACAUCACAGUGGAGUCCUCUGUGAUAGACUCAAAUGGUAUUGUCUGGAAAACUGGGCCUAAAACAACUAUUUUUGUUAAGUCUCUUGAGGAUCCAUACUCUCAGCAGGUUCGUCUCCAGCAGCAGCAAGGACAGCCUCCAUCCCAGCAGCAGCAGCAGAGAACCGCGUACUCACGCUUUUGAUUCCCAGAGGUCACUCGGUCCUGCUCAACUGGUAUUGAAGUUUUUCUUGGACACUUUUUUUUUUUUAAUUGUUUUUUGAAGACUUCUUAUCAUCAUAACUUUCUCCUAGAAAGUCUCAGAUGCCAAUUUGUUGCUUUUUAAAUUAUCUGGGGUAAAUCUGAACUUGAUUCAGCAGAGGCAACGGUUCAAAUUUGGAGUUGUGCUCUUGCUAUAAGAACUUCUAUCUGAUCUCUAACUUCUGUUUACAAACCUAUUCCAGCAGGCUCCACAAACUACAGUAGCAGGGGACACUAAGAACUUGUUGACUGGUACUUUCCAUUUUUUUUGAGGCACACAUAGGUUCUAAUGUCAGGUUUACAGGACACUGGGAAACACUUCACGUUGGCUGGUUAUAUAGAAAUGAUUGUAAUAUCAAGUGUGUAUCUUUUAAUAUGAAGGAAUUGUCAUGAAUAUCCAGAGAUUCCUUUUCUGACAUUUUAAUAGCAAGUUCCAGUAUUUGGCUGGUGCAUGUAUGUUAUUGCAAUUCAUCAGCAUUACUUAAUGCACGCAGCUGAAAGAAAAAACAUUGCAGUUCACUUCUGAUAACCUGUCACUGCAGAGGGAGGAGACUGGUUGAGGGGUUGGUGUUGGGGGAGUCCUGGAAGAGGCAGAGAUUUAUAGGUGGGAAUAAUCACUGUCUCUGAGAUGAUAUGAAAAAUAUUACUGUGCUGUUUUUAAAUUUUUAUGCAUCUGUGUUACUGAAACCUGUCAUUUUGUUGGUUUUUUUUCACUUGCUCUUUUAAGGGGGAAGUUAAAAUUAAUGACAACUUGCAAGUUAACAGCUUUGUUUUUUAAAAGGAGUCCUUUGUACCAAAAAUUUGUAAUCUUAUGUACUCUUUGACCAACUUGCUAAGCUUAAAUGUUAAUUUUACAAGAUAACUUGAAAUAGAAUUUUGCCAAUUCUAGAAAUAGAUCCAGAAUAAUUCUGGAAAUAUGCUGCUUCAUACAUAAUUUUCACACCUCCUUUGUGAUAUAAAAGGCUGAACUGUAUCCAGACCCAUGGGCAGUAGAUCAGGUAACAUGGCCUUCAUCUGAUCUUCAUAAAUAGUCUCUGCUUAUCACUUUGUAGAAAAGCAGGACCCACUUGGGUGAGGAGGAGGAGGAUGAAUGGCACUUCUUACAUACUUCAUCUUGUUAAUCUCUCUCAUUGGAGCAGAAAUUUUUAUUGUUAUUUUCUCAGCAAAUUCCCAUGCUACUGUAUUUCUUCAAUCUGAUCUCAUUCUAGAGCUGACUGGAGUUCAUGGAUUUUGCUUCCUUCAAGUGCAGAGAAUCUGAUAAUGAACUGGUGUAAGCUGAGGCUUCUUUUGCAUAGCAGGAUGAAGGAUUUUUUGCUGUGUUUUCCUACAGUAGCUCCUCUUGGCUUGAGACUGUUAAAAAAAAGAAAAAAACUGGAAGUGAUGAUGCUAGAUGUCAUAUCUUGCUCAGGCUAUAAUCCUAAUUAGAAAAGAUAAUUGGGAUGCAAGGUAGAAACAGAAGACAUAAAAUUGGUGAAAAGUUGAGCAGCAUCCUCCUUAAAUUAUUUUCCUUUUGAGCAGGAGGCACAAAGUGCCACUGCCUUUCAAGCUGACUGAGGAAAGUGGUGGUUUCUGUGCCACUUUUGUGGUUCCAUGACUAUAGUUUGGUGUGUGUGUGUGUAUAUACAUGCAGCUGUGUGCACACAUGCAUACAUGUACCUGUAGCUACAUUUAAUUAAAUGAAAGUCCAGAAAGAGGUAAUUGACCUGCUGUUGUGUAUGCUCUCUAUCAGACUGGAGAUCUGAACUUUUUGUGGUCAUUUGGUUUUUUUUCAUUAAAGGCAUAGAUCAGUGUCUUUACCACAAAAACCUCUGUAUUUUAAUGCCAAAAAAAAAAAGAGACUAAGAGGUCAAACAAUUUUUUUAAUCCUGCAUAAUGAAUGUGUGUUUCUUGCUGUUAUUGACCAAUAUGUUGGUGGAAACCUUUGAUGGUGCUAUUCCAAAACAAGUCAGAAAUUACAAGACAUUUCCAUGCUGGGGAACAAACUUUUCUUGUAAGUCAUAUGAUGUUCAGAGUGCAUAAUUAAACUUACGAGAAGCCUAGUGGGAAAAAACCCCAGCCUUAUCCAGGGAAAGCCCUGCUCUGGCUUGAGGCUUAACUGUCUCUGAGCUGCUGAGAUUAACCCUACUACAGCUGAAAAAAGUGUUCCUUCUUUAAACAUGUCUGCUUACCUGAUCUGAGAGGCUUCUAGAAUUCCAAGAACUUGUAUCAGUUUUAAAGCCAAGCAAAUAAUAAUUGAAGCCUAAGAGUCUGGAUGUUAGGUAUGGGAGAUUGCAGGGGGAGGAAAAUUGCAAUUGCUGCUUAUUGGAAGUUAGCUUGUAUAGGAAGAUGGCUUGCUGUACAAAUACCUGUAUUCCUAACAAACCCUGAAGAGUUUCUCAUGCUGACUCAUUUGUGGGUUAGUUAUAUGUGUGUGCUGAUCAGGAAAGGCCCCGGACCUAUUAGUAACUUCUCUUUUUAUGUAAACACAAGUGUCUUAUGUUUUGUUGGAUUUGUAGUGAGGUUCUUUUUUGUGUAUGUGUUUUGUUUUUUUUCCUAACAUGGUGUAUUUUUAUUCUUAAUAUGCUGGGAAAUAGACUUGUCAAACAGAAACCAUGGAUUUUAUGGCAAACAAUGUCUGAAAAUACCUAAAGAGAAGUGAGGAAGGGAGUUAAAAUUACAGCAAUAUACAGAAAGCUGCUGUUGGAGCUAUCAGCAGUGAAUGUGAUCCUUGACUAUUAGUGAAAGCAGGGGAGUUAUUAAUGUUUGAUUCCUGCAUUCAGUUUCUGGUGCCUGUACUUGACGAUACGCAAUAAAGAUUUGGAAAGCACUUCUAAGAUAGGGACCCAACUUUUAUCUCCUUAUUGUUUCUCAGUAAACAAAGCAGUAAUUUGAUUACUGUGCAUAGCUGCAUACUGAUAAUGGAAGACAAUUCAGAUCUGUUUCACUAACUGGCAGAAGAAAGAAAAUAUUCAGUGUCCAGACAUUGGUCCUGAGACAGCUGCUAAGAAUUCAAACAACAGAAGGGCUUAUACAGACAGCUACGUCAUGAUCUGUUCCUGAUCAUUGAGAUAUGCUUUCAUCUAGCUUGGAUAAAUUGUUGGGCGGAGCAGGAGGAGAUCGCUGAAUGAAGAUGACUGGAGGUGCUGAUAAUAUGUGCAGUUUGGCAUUAAGGCAAUAGUUUUUGGUGCUUAGGCUCUAUAAUUUGACCUGACUUCUCCACAGAUGGUGUAGCCAGUUACUCUCAGAAGUACUUGCUACUCACAUUCCUGUGAACACGUGCUCAGGCAUACCAGAAAGUGUCACUUCUGGAUUCCUGGCUGAUUCCUUGCUCCAGGCAAUGUGGAACUGAAUGCAGGGAAGGGAAGGAAUGUCCGCUGUCAGAUUCUACCUUCCCCUGGAAUUUGGAGUGUAAUCUCCUGCUAAGGUCAUUCAAGUGUAUUUCAGAAGUGAUUCCUGAAGUUGUACUCAUCAUGGGUAUUCAUGGAAUCUUAGACUUCCUUUCCUAUUUUUGUUUCCUUGGAUAUGCCCUCAUUUUACCCAAGGACUGAUAUGCCCUAAUAUAGCUGAAGUUUUUGUAUUUGAUAGGGGAUAUAUUUUGACUUAAAUCCUGUGAAACUGUAUGGGAAUUGCACAGGUCUAGAAGAAAGUUCAAUGAUUCUUUAAACAUAUGCAUAAGCUUUUAAGAAAUAUUUUAUUUAGUGAUACCACAAUUCUAGCUAAAAACCCCACCAGCCUACUGAACAAAUUUAUAGGAUUUGAAGGAAUUUUGUUGCGUUCCUAAAAUAUCUUUUGAGUGAUAUUCAGUGUGCGUGUGUAUGCAUUUAGAGAAAGAGAAAUCUCAUACAACACAGUUUGGAGGCAUCUUGCCUUCAGAUUAGCUUCAUUUCUUUUCUGGUUAUCUUUUUGUUUGCCUAAAGUGCUGCUUGCUGUGUCCUUGGUCAGCAUAUUUACACACAUGUCCUUUUAGUUGCUAAUAGCAUCUUCUCUGAACAAUCUGUUCCUUUUGUAGCAGUGCAGGUGUACUCAGGUGUCUGCACUGUGCGAACCAAGACGGCAGGUGGGGAAAAAUAGAGGGUAGAGGGGGGGAACUUAGGAGCCCUGCCAGCUCUCAAAGCAGUUCUGAGUUGAGUAAAGCCCAAGAACUGGUAGUUCUCUCUGCUUGACUGCUGCAGUUCUGUGUCCAGCACUAUGGGAGCUGCUCUUGCUUCAUAUACAUAAGUGCCUCCAAGGACACAACCUGAGAUGCUAAGCAAAAACAGACUUACCCAGAACCUUGGCAUUUUCACCUUCAGAGCAGAGAGAGUGCCUGAGACAAAAACACUUCUUGAAAUUAAAAGAAAACCAAGUGUUACCUGCUUUUCUAGCAAGGCAUCUUAUGCAGUGUUGCAGUUACCCUCUCCCCCUGUGAACCUUUAAGCCAGGUGCUGUUUUGUGUCACCAGGAAACAAGCCUAUCUUAGUGACCCCUGAUAGUUCCCGAGUUGUUUGUACUCCAAGGAACAUCUCUCUGCCAAACAGCAGCUGCUCAAACUCACGACUGAAAUCACAGAUUGCUGCAUUUCAGUGAGCAGUCAUCCCAGGUCUGCACUUCAGGAAGUUUCUCUACUCUACUGAUUGUCAGCUGAGAAAUAGGAAGCAUUUAUUUGGUGUUCUUAUUUGCUUUUAGGAUAAUGUCUUUAUCUCUUGCUUGCCCACCUCCAACUGAUGCUAUCAAAAUUAAGGACAGCUUGGUUGUAUGUCCGAGAUGUUUGCACUUAGCCUCAGUCUCCUGAUCCAAGGAUCUUAGAUAAGGUAAGAGCAGCGUUCAGUGAAUUUUGAGAGAAAAGUCUUUUUGAGGUUAGAAAGAACCUAUAAACCCUUUAGUCUACUGGACAGCUAACUGUAGUAAAAAGCUAAUUUUUCUUUUUGUCAGAGUUGAACCAGUGACCAGUAGAGCAGUCAAGCAGAUACUGAAACUGUUUUAUUGUAUAGAUAAAAAACUUAGGCCAUAGCCACUUCAGUCUUAAAAAUCAUCCUUUUGCUUUUUCUCUAUAGAUAAGGAGUCAUAUUCACAUUCCCUCAGACAUGAUUGUGGAGUUCUCCAGAAGUCUUUAAAAACUUUGAUUACUAAAAACAAUUGUUUGAAAGGUUUUUUUUAAUGGGUAUCAAUGGUGAGCUCCAAGGAGGAUAGGAUAAAAUAAGAGACUUGUGUGGGUUGGCUGAUUUAAAAUACCUUUGCUCAACAGCUUAAGUAUGUGACAUGCUGGCAAUCCAUUUUAUAGAGCCCUUCCUUGCUUCCUAGAAACUCUAAAUUUAGGAAUGCAGUUAAUGUGAAAUUAAGAGCUGUCUGUGCUUAACAUGCAGCUAACUGUGGAGAAAACCCAAGGAGUAACAGUUGAGCUGGAAGAGAUGGGGAUAAAUAUAAACUGAGUGUGAUGUGGAUGGAUGGACUCUGCCAAACAUGGUGGGUGAAUCUUCAGGGUACAGUUUCAGGCUUCACUUGACACCCUCUAGGUGUGUGGUGCUAGUGCUGAAAUGGGACUCUCUCUUGUGCUUAUUCCUGACUCCAGCUUUGCUCUUUGGAUCAGAUCAUUAGUUUAUCCACUUAAAACAGUUCUGUUUGGCUUGAGUGUUUUUUCAGCUGGUUUGUCUUGUCUGACUGUAGAGUGACUUGGUGAAUGCAGUCAGUAGCAGAAAGGUGCUGGGGAAGACGUGUGGUGUAUCCUGGAAGUAAUAGUGAACUGCUGGACUGGCUGACCAUGAACCUGCAGUGUACUUCUGUACUUAUCAGGAGUCUGGAGGAAACUGUGUGUUCAUGUGUGUCUCAACUGUGGCUUUUCGGUUUGGGCAGCUGGAGAGGGCAGAGAGCACUGCAGGAGCUCCCAGCCAGCUGCCCGGCCUCCCGGCUGCUCUGAGUCACCGCCCACCAGUGAGUGAGGCGACAGAAGGCAAGGAAUGUCCUUUGGACCAGUGGCUGGGGCCAAGCCUGUGUGAGUGUCACUCUCUGCUCUGCAGCAGGUGAGGCAUACUUGAGUAUGUCCUGAUUUGCCAGCAAUGCAUGUGGGCAGCAGCUCACAUGAUGGCUUCUGACUUGCCUUGUUUCACAAAGUCCCAAGGUGUGCAGAGGUCCGAUUUCACGUAUUGCAGUUUAUACCAGUGAUAUUCCUGCAUGAACACUUAAAAAUUCUGGCUAAAGGUAGGCUUUUAUCCUUAAGCCUGAAAUCCACUGACACUGGUUUCUUGGGUACAUAUUUGCAGAAAUUGGGCUGUGCAAAUGACAGUGUCCAAACCAGAUCAUUGAGUGAAGUGGACGGAGACCUCUCAGAGCUGGUCACGCGCUUCAGACAUAGAGGAAAUUUCAGGAGUUGUAAUAAUUGACAAAAGAUGUCUGACCUCUUCAGAAGGUCUUUCCCACAUUCCACAAGGCAGGAGCAAAAGCAACCAUAAUUAAUUAGGCUAAUUAUUGCUACUCAUCAGUGAAGCUGAUAUAUGUAAGCAGUGAGCAGAUCCUCCCUCCAGUGUCCAAACCCCAAUAGUUUAUUUCCUUUAUCUCUGUCUGUCACCAAUAAUGAAUUGAUGUGCAUUUUCACCCUUGCAGAGGAAAAUGUUUGCCUGGCAGCUUUCUGUGCCAUGUGAGAGAGAUGCAGGAGAUUUCUUUGUUCCUCCUUUUGAAAGGGUUUUAAAUUCUAGUGUUGACCAAGUCUUUGUGAGUUGGGUAGGAAUUUCUGAGAGUAUUAAUCCUGACUGCAUCAGGGUAGUACAAGCCAAAUCAUAGAUCCACUGGAGAGAUUUGUACUUCUGUUAGCAUGUGUAAGUUAGGUCAAGAACAAAAAUAUACACUGAUUUUCAUUUUUGGGGGAGUGGGGCAAUAAAGAUGAACCAGAAGAACAAACAGCUUGAAGGCUGUAUGUUUAGUUGUAUUUCUGGUAUUUCAGCCUGACCUUAAAAAAAGCACCCAAUUCUGUUGGUUUUCCUGCUUAAAACAAAACAAAACCAGAUAACAACAAUAACAACAACUCCCAAACACCUAAUUCUUUGUUUUGCUGUUCAGAUUUUUACGAAUUCACUAUGGUCAUACAAAAUAUUGUUCUGUUUUGUGGAGGGGUAUUUUUUCUUUUUUGUAUAGGAAAAAGGAGGACACAAUCCCCAUGACUCUUAACUGUGUUGCAAUGCUUCCAGUAGUUCAAUUUGGCAAGAUAACAAAACC